AUGUUGGCAGCACAGAAACAAGCAGAGAUCAUCCACAAUGUCUCUGAGGCUUUGGAUAAGUAUGAAUCUAAGCUCAAUGAGAUCAAUCUGAAGGCAGAGUAUAGCGCCCACGACAACGUCUGCGAGCUUUUUGAGUCACUCGGGGGUGGAUACAAGGUUAACAGAAAAGCCUAUGGAAUUGAAACGGCGCUUGAAGUGAUCUAUAGCCACGGCGAGGGUGGACGUACCGUUGCUUUCAACGCAGAAUACGAUGCCCUUCCCGGCAUGGGACAUGCAUGCGGACACAAUCUGAUCGCUACAAGUUCGAUCGCGGCUUUCCUGGCCACGUGCGAAACAAUGCGUAGUCUGUACUCCGAUGGAAUUGGCUAUUCAGUUCGGCUUCUGGGGACUCCGGCCGAAGAGGGUGGUGGUGGAAAGCUGCUCCUCAUCAACGCGGGAGCAUACAAAGAUGUGGACGCGUGCUUCAUGGUGCAUCCAUUCCCGGUGCUUCCCGGUGCCCCCGAUCUUCUUAGCGCGAGUUGCUGCACCGGGCUGUAUCUCGCGAACGACAAGGUUAAGGUGACGUUCACGGGCAAGCCGGCGCAUGCGUCGGCUGCUCCGUGGAAGGGUAUCAAUGCGCUAGAUGCUGUGGUGUCUGCCUAUGUGAACAUUUCAAUGCUGCGACAGCAGAUCUUGCCGACGCAGAAGAUUCAUGGGGUUAUUUCGCGAGGCGGUGAUAGACCGAAUGUUAUUCCUGCCUCUGCGACGGUUGAAUACUAUAUUCGAUCGGAGACUGCGAAGACACUGAAACCAUUGACCGAGAGGGUGCUGAAAUGCUUUGAGGCUGCUGCGAUUGCUACUGGCUGCACGGUGGAAUACGAAUGGGAGGCCUCGUACAAGGACAUGAAGAGCAAUAAGCCCAUAUGUGACAGCUACGUCUCUGCUAUGAAUUCUAUGGGCCACAAAACUAUCUUCGAUGCCGCGCAGCAGGCAGGGGGUCUUAGUGGAGGGUCAACUGAUAUGGGCAACGUUUCAUAUGAAGUACCUGGCUUCCACGGUGGAUUCUUCAUUCACGCUGAUGGCGUUAACCAUACGCCGCAAUUUACCGCCGGAGCCGGAUCUGAGGAUGGGUUCAAGCGUAGUUUGCAGUGUGCAGCGGGGAUGGCAGUGGUGGCGUGUAGAGCCUUGGUCGAUGCAAGUUUCGCCACUGCCAUCAAGUCGGACUUUGAGAAGAGUUUGGAAUUGUAA